AUGCGUGCGCAGACGCGGCGCUUUGCCCUGCAUCCUAUUCGGCUGGCGGCCGGGGCUCCGGAACGGAUCCCAGCCACAAAACGUGGACUUCAAGAUGACACCCUGACUGGCGGACUGUGGUCCACGGCCAUUUUCCCUAGCUACAAGCGAGGUCCUCGAAACCAGAGAGAACACGCAGCUCUUCUCAAAACGAAGGGGGUUUAUUCCCGUAAUUAGACAGAAUUCUGUUGGGGCAAGAAAUGAGCCUAUGUGUACAAAGCAAAAAGAAAAAGACCAACUCCUGGUGACAAACCCAACAGAACCAGAGUAAUCUGGGGGAACAGCAACAUGGUACGAGCAAAGUUCUGCUCCAACUUACCUGCCAAAGCCAUUGGACACAGGAUGCUGCAUCCAUCUAGAGUCAAAAUUUGGAGUGAAACUAAAAUGACAACUGACAACUCUUACACAUUCUACCUGCGCCUCUUGGGAACCAUCAUUUGUGCAGCUGCUUGGAAGAUCUUGUUUGGGAUGCUGAGGGUCCCAGGCACUUGUGACAGCCUGCAGGGGACUUGCUAA